UAGCACGGGUUACAGCAGCUGCUGGAUGCUGAGGUUCUGCUGUUCGUAUGGUAACUACCUCUGCAAGUAAACAUUAAUAUUCUGCACCACCAACAGCAGCACGAAACUUUCAGCAAGAGUCACACAAGGAGCGAGCAACUUGCAAUGUGCACGGAGCUGGAUCCUCUCGCUCAGUUAUAGGAGACCUACAGAGCUGCAGCAUUGCUGUACCGGUACUGGAGUCUUUUUAGUUUGUUACAUUUUUAUCUUUUCGUGAUCGGUUUUGGAGAAAGUGAUGGGUUGUUCAAGCAGCACUCAGACUCACGCACAAGGGAGUAACAGACCCCCUGCAAAGACAGUGGAGACCAAUGGACCCAAGAAAAGCGAUACAUCGGAUGUAAGCGACCAAAUCAUAGAUGAUGUUGAAACAAUUCCUGAUCAGACCAAAUUAGUCCCAAUGACAGAGAAUGAAGCAUCCGAUGAGGCUCAGCAAGUGGAGGACAAUGUUGAAGCCAUCGAAGCUGUGGAACUGGAAGCCUCAGAAGUCGUGGAGCCAGUAACAGAGGACUAUGCACCUGCAGAAGAAAAACCUGAUCUUGUUCCUACAUCAAACACUGAAGACACAGAAGCAGCCACAGAUGUUUACUCGAAUCAGGAUGAUACGCUGGCUGACGGUGAGACAGAAGACGCUCUGGAAGCUGAGAUGCAAGAAGAGAUAGCAAGCGAGCAGCCUGAAACAAUGGAGGAAGAAACCGGACACUCUAUGGAAGCAGCAGAGAUCAACACAACCGAUAUUGAAGAGUAAGAUCUAUUGACCACAGAUACACCCAUCAUAUUAUGUGAACUGUUUUAUGCCCAUGGCAUAUGUGAAUAGAUCAUCUGUGCAGCCGUGAGAUGAUAUGUCAUGUUUCACUGGAUUCCUGUAUAAUAUUGCCUCAAAGUCAUAUUGCCAAGAUGUCAGUGAUUAGAUCACAGCCUGUGGACUCUGCUUCCUGGUGCCUUACCUACAUUUUUGAAAACCAUUUACAGUAGUGGAUAUUGAAGACCUUUGAGAAACAGCUGCUUCUUUGACUGAUGUGAUCAGAUGCUACAACAAACAGUAGCUUAUAUAAUUUUGCAGUAUCAUAGGAAGCCUUUUUAAAGAGACAUUUAAGUCAAAUCU